GAGACAAGUGAAUAGGUGGGUGGAUGAGUGGACGAAAUGCUGAAUGCGUCUUCACAUGCAAGACACCAAUCAUAUAAUGUUCUGUUACUUAUAUUUACCAUAAUAUGGAUAAUAGUCUAGUCUUCAUGUAUGUGGCACGGUGCCUUUCUAGUUUCUUGAUAAGCGCAAUAAUGCCACUGGCUAUCUGAGUAAGCGUGUGAAGUUUAGCACGCUGGCAUUCAGAACGUGGUCCCAAAGUUGUUAUAUAAGGGUUAUAAAGACUUCAAUGUCUCAUGAAGUGACUAUUAUCUGAUACUUUCUAACCACAUGAUAAUGGAAUGACGCUGAGGCACUGUAGAGAACUUAACAGAUGGCAAUUCAUAUCUUCGGUAAGACAAGAUAAGUCGCGUUUGAGAAAGGAGGUCGUGUGAUAUUUAAAGGCUUGUAUCAUGUGUGCCUCUUUCUUUAUCUGCGUUUAGCAUCGAACGCACCAUGGAUGUUUAAGAGUAGAACUGUUAGUUUUAAGUUUAGUGAGAAUAUUCUCGAGGAUUUGUACACGUAGAAAUUUUGUUCUGUCUCCUUUUCGGGGGAUAAUUAUUUAACUUUUUUAAUUGCCGCAAGAGUUGUUUACCUUUCAAUGGCAAAGGUGGCGCUAUUGUUUACAAUGGCUGAAUGAGGAGGAAUCUCAAUUUUUCUUACGGCACAAGAUGCUAAGUUUUGUUUCUUUUAUUUGUUGUAUUUACGUGACAUGACCUUUGUUUGUGAUGAAUAUGGAACAAACAAACGUGAGCACAUCACGUUUGAACGAAGAAUGCAACCCAGAAAGCCCACCAUCCGAGAGAAACAGUGUCAAUAUUGAUGCAAGUGAUGGCGAUGUUUCUGCUGCUACUGCUACCAGCACAGCCGUUCAUGAGGACGAGAUAUCAUCCACGAAUGCAAAGGGUUUGGUCAGUGAGGGUACUCCUAUGCCUGUAGUUCAAAGCUCUUUGAAUGAAAUUUCGUCUUCUGAGAAAACAAAAACAACCGGUGACCUCGACACUGCUGAUCAAAACAAAAGGGGAGGGAGUCCAGAAACUACCAUUCCUUUCUAUGUGGGUAAUGGACCCGUGUUUCCUGCAAGGCACAACAGAGAAUUACAACCUGUCUCAUCAAAUACUAGUGCAGAUUCUGGUUCGCACCCUGAAUCAAGUGAAACUGAUGUACAUGAUAUUGACAAUGCUACAAGGAAAGUAUUGUUGUCUUAUAUUGACACAGCAGAAGAAGGAAUUAACAUGAAGAAAGAAAAUUCUAAUGAAACUCGGGCUGAACCCUCAUCUCAAUCUCAAGACCCUGUUGUUGAGAAUAAUGUCAAUAAUGACACUGCAACAGAUUGUGAAACAAAAGAAGGACCUUCUGCUUCCAAUACAGAAACAGAAAAUGAAUCUCUUGCCCCUCUUAGUGCUUCGUUCUUCAAUUGUCAGUAUCAAACCCCAAGCUGGAUUGACGACCCUCUCAUUGGAGUUCCUCCCUGUGCUAUGGAAAAUAAGAACACCCACAGAAAAACUGGUGCUGAUAUGCGGAUUUUAACAGCAUACAUGAGGUCACUAAAUGAAAUGCGACUGCCAGAAGCUAUACCACCUUCAGAAUUAGACAAAUAUUUAUCAUCAUUCUUCCUGGUAGUGAGAAAAGCAGAUGGAAGUGAGUAUGAACCGUGCAGCUUGAGGGCGAUGCUUGCCAGCAUAGAACGAUAUUUGCGAUUUAAGAACUAUCCUCUGUCUUUGACAAGAGACUCUGCUUUUUCCAAUAUGAGAAAUGUUUUGAAGUUAAAGCAGCAGACUCUGCGUUCUAUUGGUAAAGGACAAAAAGCUCCCAGUGAUAUUUCCCCUUCAUCGCUUGCAAGGGAGGGGAAGAUUGCCCACCUUUUUAAAUCUCAGGAGAUGGGGCCAUAUACUCCAAGCUCUGUGGUUUUUACAUUGUGCUUUUACUUUUGUAUGUACUUAAGAAUUCGCAAGUCAACGGAAAACAAGAAACUCUUAUGGGGAGAUAUAAUUUUAUGUAAAGAUGAAAGUGGUCGGGAAUUUCUUACCUUUUCUAGUCAGAUGCUCAGAAGAUCCCAGAGCUCGUCAAAAGGAAACUCAAGACAACGAACCUAUCGAGUCUGGGCAGACCCAAGUUGUCCUGAGAAAGAUCCUGUUACCAUUUACAAAUUCUACGCACAAAAACGCCCAGCGUCUAUGAACACAAACUUUGCCCCUUUUUAUUUGGGUAUUAAUGUUCUGUAUCCCACCCAAGGCCAGUUGUGGUAUCGACCUGCAGCAAUGGGAAUAAACAAACUGAACGAAAUGGUGAGACAAAUUAGAGAAAUCACAGGAAUUCGGAACACAACUGAAUUUAACAGUGAACCGAAAUUGUCGGACAAACCAGGAACUGAAGUAAAUGGGGGCACACAAGAUGGUCAGAGUCCGUCAAAUGAGUCUGCUGACCGACAGGAUUCAGAGAGCGAAAUCAAAACCGAAGUCUUGGAUGAGAUUGAAGAGGACGAUGGGUCUUCAAUGACAGCCAUGGAUUUCAGUCAAGAGCAGCAGGAGCAUCCUCUGAAUUUUAAUCAGUCUUCGCAUGCAGUUCCUCCACCUUCUCGUCAAACUCUGGCAGCACUUGGUAAUAUGGCUCAGGCUGUAUACUCUGACGGGGAAAGCAAUGACAGUUUUUCACAUCAGUCAUUUCCUGCUAAAACAAAUGGGGACAUCGGUGCUGAUUCUAGGAAUGACAGGGAAUUUGAACAUGAGAUAGACCUCACUAAGAUGAACAGCCCUGAUUCACCGCUGAACUGCUCUACAAAAGAUAGAAGCAGUUACACAGCGGAAACUGCAGGGCGACAGAACAGUUCUGAUGCCAUUGGUGUAGAAGAAGCAAAGUUGCACCUGAUGAACAUAAUGAGAAGGCUUGAGCCGGCAGACAUCAUUCAGUUCAAUUCUUGGUUGAAGGGAGUUAAAUUCAGCUCUGACCCAUUCUCAGGUCAAGUUGUGUGCCAAGAAGGCGAGGAUACAAAAGAUUCAGUCACUGUCAAGACGAGCAGCUCCAACAUCGGCAGCUUGGGAGCCAACAUUAUCCUGAACAUCUCCCUGUCCCCCCAAGCCUUGCAGGGCGAGGGGCCCAUCACCGUCACCGCCCAGACUUCCAUUCCUCCAGAGCAGCAGCAGAGAAAUAAUUCCUCCUCUAUCGGCAGCCUAAAUGGGAGCAGUAGCAGCAGCAGCAGUGGGAAGGGAAACCCCCUCAACAACUCUUCCAGGCACGGGACCACAAGUGCUGCUUCCGCCUCGAAGAACCCCCUGCCCACGUUCCCGCACAACGCCACAGCCCCGACCGAGCAGCUUGUUUCCUCCGACAAACCCCUGGACCUGGUCACCAGUCCGGUGAGCCGGGCCGGGAAAGCGGCAUCUUCAUCCUCUUCAUCCUCUUCCUCCUCCUCUUCGCAACAGCAGCAGGGAAAGAUGAGCCGGCCUCACAGCGGCAGCAAUGGAAUUUUCCCGGCCAUGAGCGGCUCGUCCUCUUCCCGCGGAGACUCUCCGCUGGCCAAAAGACUUCGCCUCUCGGCAGAGCAGGCCGAAGCGUACACCAGUGCUUCCAUCAUGGCCAGCCUCUCCUCUGCUAACUUCCUCAACGAGCGGCUUCGCUUCCAGCUGAUGCAGGCUGGCCUACACAUGGGGGACUACAACGUGGACCCGCACGCCUCCGCCGGCCUCAUGGAUCUGGCCAACUCAGAGGCGCUGCAGUCUCAGCUCUUGCAACACUAUGGCAUCAAAUCAGAACCGAAAUAAGGAAAAAACCAAAAUUUUUAGCUGGUUGAUCCGUAAAAGAAUCUGCCAAGCGUGUUAAAAGAAGAAAUAUACUGGGUUGCAUUUUUAACAAUUUUGCUCCUGAAUUAUUAAGGACUCAUUUCGAUUUAGAGUUUCUUCAUUUGUGAUAAUUUUAGUGUUAGAUAAGGUUGUAAUAAUCAAAGUAAGUUGGAAUCAAAAGAUAAGACAGAACUCAACACUUGAGUCUCAGUCGAAUAACAUAUCAAAAUGGUUCUAUAAAGAUGUUAGACAAUUGAGCAUACCUCAAUAGCACAAUGAUCUGAAAUGGACACUGAGAUAAAUUUUGCACUACCCAUGACAAUGCCUGAAGAAGGCUGUGACUAGAUGAAAUGUUAUUGCAUCAAAAGUCUCUUAAAACAUCAUAUCAGCUACCUCCACUUUAUUCCUAUUGCCUUUUAUUUAUUUAUUAUCCUAACAGACUCUUCUUUUUUAUGUGAUUGAAAAUAAUUAUUGUUCUCAUGAUGCAGGGUUAAAGGACAUAUAUAAAUAUAUAUAUAUAUAUAUUAAAUAUAUUGCAUUUCGUUUUAAUAUAAUUAAUCUUCUCUUUAUUGACACACUUUUUGUGUGACAAGAGAUGGCUUCCAUGCAUACUUAACAUUGUAAAUGCUUGUGAGAAUUGCAGAAAAAUGUUUCCCCCUUCCCUUUUUUUUCGCAACUGGUCACAAACUUUUGUAGCUAGACAAGAUUGAUCAGCCAAACAUGACCUCGCAAAAUGAUCUCUUAAAUUUGUGAUAUAUAAUGUCUCUUUGUUUUUAUGGAAAAUUUCAGAAAUUUUAUAAUAAGUUUUGUUGUUAAUGCACGUCUUUGUUAGCACUUUGACAUGGUGAGGUAUAUGAUGAGACCAUCGAAAAUGAUAUAGAGUUAUUACUUGGUGAAACGAGACUUUAUUUUUUUCUAAGAUUUUGGCCGUCUGCUUUGCAUGUGAAGCACGGCUGUUGUUGACUGUCUUGAUCACAAUUCUGAAUUACAUGUUGCUGGUGCAGCAGCGGUAUUUGAUAUUGGCAAGGUUCUGCAGGCCUCCUUUUACUGUAGGAAUCAUCAUAAGUUAACAUGUUCACAUUAUAUUGAUGAUGCAGCAAAAUCUCAUAAUUGUAUAUUUAAUGCUACUCACAACUCAAAAGUGUUUUUGUAAAUGUUCACCAUUAUUUACAUACUGGUGGAGGGAUUUAAGGAAUGUUUUCUUCAACAGACAACGAAAGUAUAAUUAUGACUUUAACAAAAAAUGCUGUAAAUCAAAAUGCAUUUUACAAGCUCAUGUUAAUCGCUAUUUUGUGGAGAGAAAAAAAAAUUGGAUUGAAUUUAUAUGAAACUGCUGUAAAUAUCUUUAAAUUCAAAUAGACGAAGUCUUGCUUUGUCUAUGCUUGAUAUUUUUGGAAAGAGGGGGAAACAUGUGCGAGAUAGUCAAGGUCUUUGGACCAAUGGUGACACACUGUCUUCAGUCUUUUCUAUCUCUCUCUAGUCAGCGUGGCAUUUUUUUAAAUGAGACACGACUUUAACACAGCAAGUGCAAUUUGUUGACUGUUUACAGGAAACUUGAGAUUACAUUAGCUGCUAUUUUUCCCCAGGGACUUAGAGCACCGUUUAUGAAGUGAACUAUUGUUCUUGUGACCCAUACUGUGACAGUGUUGUUUGGUUCUUCAUUUCACAUAAGUGAAUGAGGACCGUAGUUGUACAUGAAGGCAUGAUUCGUUAAAGAUUCUCUCUGCAAUUUGGUAGGUAUGAUAAGUUUCCCUGAAUUCAGUAGAUUGCAAAGUUUUAUAAGAUUGUGAUGAGUGUGCUGACAGUGAUUUGUGUGUAGCGGACCAUGUCGGAGCUGUGAAAUGUUGUAUUUUACGAGUGGAAGUAAGUGCUACAGUGAGGAAGGAUUAUUAGAUAAAAACACUGAAUUAUGCGGUGCAAAGGGUACACAUUUCAAAGGAGGUUCUGGACUGUUGCUGAAGGAUGAAGAGCUUAAAAUGGAGGGUUUGGAUAGUCGGAUCAUCACAAUAUUUAAUGAAAGAAAAAAACAAGAUUUGUAUUGCCUUCAUAACUUGCAGAUUCGCUUAAUUUAUGCCUUUGCCAUCAUAGCAUUGGAUUUGUAAUGGUUUGGAUCUUGUAAUUUAAAAAAAAGUUUUAUUUAGUUGUAGAGAAAUGUAAUGGAAUCUAUUUGUCUUUCUGCUGGGAUGUUCUGUCUCCCUAAACGCGGGUAGUCUCUGAUAGACAAGGGGGAGCAGCCUGCCUUGAAAAUGGUCGAUCUUGCAGUCUUUGCUGCAAGCAUAAUCAGUUCUCAGUCAUAUUAAUUUAACAGCAGCUUGAAAUGUUCAGGGAUCUAAAAAAGUAAGUUACUAAUUCUUCGGGAAAAUUUUGACUUCAGUGUAAGACUUGACAUAACUUCGCAUUUCAUAUAUUAAUUGAAAGGAUGAUAAUUGCUGAUAUUGAUUUGUGACACAUUGAUGGAGACAUUUUCUGGAAACAUUUGUAGAUCCUUCAUUUGUGAAGCAUUAAUAGAAAGUUAAAUGGAAUGUGAUUUUGUGCCACUCAUUUUAAUGUUGCGUUUCCCAGAUUUUUGGAUUGAUCUCAUUUCAAGUUUCCAGUAACAAGGUUUUGAAAUUAGGUAGUUAUAUCCCUCUUGUCAUAGGAAUGGUUUAAAAGUUGUUGUUUUUUUUAGCAUCAAAAAGACAGUCAGACCUUAUGACUACUGUUUUAAUUAUUGGGUCCGCUUAGCAAAUUUGUGAGUGUUCUGAUACAAUAAGCUCAGAGGGAUGUCGAGGCAACAGAUCCAGGGCCUUCUUGAACUUCUGUUGGACAGUACUGUGUCUGUCUAUGUAUAUGUUGCUAUUCCUGACUGACAUUCGCAAUCUCAUAUCUUCCUCUUUUGCUUUUUUUUUUUUGGUUUCCACUGUACAUUUUUUGUGCACAGUUAAAUUAUGUUUGUGUAUGUACAUUUUAUGUUGAAUCUUCAUAAAUGUCAUGUGAUAUUUAACUGGGUUUUUUUUUUUUUUAUUUUUUUUUUUUUAACUGCUUACACCUUAUGCACAGGUGAUUCACUAUGCUCUUGUCAGCACAAAAGAAUCAUCUACAACUCUAUGAUCUUUAUCUUUUAUAAGGGUUCAAUGGGUUUUGUUUUCUAAGUUGUUAAUUUUUCUUUUUUUUGUUCUUUCUUUUGUUUUGUUGUUGUUUUCAGCUGGACUCUGUUCUAUGCAUAUUUUAAAAACAUUUUUUGCCUUUUUUCUCUCCCCUUGAUUCCCUGUCAUUUUCUAAGAAAUUGUCUCAAGUUUGCUUCUAUUUUCUUCAUGUUUUCUAUCAAGAGUAUUACACACAAAAAAUAAAAAAAAUAAAAAAAUAACUCUGAACAUGCACAAAGAAAAGAAAAAGAAAGAAACUGCCGUUCGUGAAUCAAAAGUUCAAAAACUCAAACUCAACGUGUGAAUGUAAUAUUUCAUUUACUUUAGAAAGAUUGUCAUAGGAAUUUAUAUUUUAUUAUUUUUAUUUUUAUGAUGGCAAUCUUGAUAGGAGGCUAAAUGUCUUUUCAGACUAAUCCAAACUGUUCUAAGAAAAAGUUAAGGGGGCGGGGAGGAAAAAAGUGUGGAAAACUUGUCUGUUUAGUGUUAUCAUUCCACUAUGAUGGCUAGAUACUAAUGUUUUUUUUAGUGCUGAGUGUUUACAAUUUACUUCUUCCAAGGAUUAUGAUCAGGGAUGUUUUUCACCUGCCUUGACCUCGUGGUAUAGCCCCCCCCCCCCACUGCUGUGGUGUAUACGGUACUUAUAGUUAAUUUGAGGUUUUGAAACCAAAAUGAGUCUGACCUGUCCUCUUAGCUCCUAACAACAGAUUGCCGUUUGGCUUUCUGUCGUGAUGGGAUGUGGAGUUUUCCUUCCUCCGAAGUAGCCUCUUGUGUGUCCAGUAGGGCAUUGAAUUAUUUACACGCUCAUCAUAUGACCUUUUAUGCAGUUGCGAGCGUUGUAAAACACUUACCAAAGCAUUGAAUUAUUGCUGAAGAAAAACCCGUUAAACUUGAAAAAAUAGCUACCUUUAGUACCAAUUACUAGGACAAUUACAAGCCAUUGUCAAAGCCUUGUUAGUUGUUAAUGAUAUUUAGCUGAUGAGGUCCUCAUCCUGACCUCUUGGAGUAGCCCUCAGUCUAUCCCAGUCAUGUUUUACUUGCAAAAGUUACUCUUUGGAAAAGAUUAUACAGAGAAAACAAGUCCUGGUUAGAGGUUUCCUUGAUCUCUGUCUUGGGCUUUUAGGUUAACUAGGAUCCGUCACCACAGUUUGUCUCAAGUGGGAAGAUUUUUAGGACUAUGUUGUUAAUAGCCCAACAGAAAUUGUAUCCGUUUCGAAAAGUGAUUGCUGUGUAAGUUCAAAACGGGUCAGCACCGUUUCGUUUCAGUCACGUGCACACAUCAGAGAUGCUGUGAUAUGUUCGUCUGGGCCAGUGAUAGAUGUCGCGUGAAGAAAAGAAAAGUGAAUAGACAGUAGGAUUGAGUUUGUUUGUGUUUUGCUCUUUUGAUUACUAACAAGCAGCGCUCCUGAGGUAUCGGCUCCCGAGACUGCUUCCCACUUUCCCAGUUUGUGGAUUCUUGCCUAUGAUGACAUGCUUUUUUUUUUUUGCUUUUAUUUUUUAAUCUACGUUCGUAUUUAUUUAUUUUUAUCUCAUUUGCAUUUGCUUGUUUGCAAUAUGAUGAUGAAUCUGCACAUUUUAUGUUGAUUGCCAUUAGAAGAUGAGGAUAUAUAUGUGUUUUGUCAGAUCUGUACAUUAAUUACUAAUUUACUCAUGUGUUAAAUGUUGUGCUUUCUGUCUGAGGUGAAUGACGUACAAGCUUGCCAAGUUUUUAUUCUUUUUUAGCCGUGUUUUGGAGCUGCGGUACUCCAGACCUGCCAAGUACUCGGAUAAAAUUGGAGCCCCCCCCCUUUUUUUUGUUGGUUUAUUGAAGAACCUCAAUUGGAUUUGCAUAAAAUCAGAUUAUUUUUUCUGACUUGCGUUUCCAUCAGUCACCUACAACACUUGAAAAUACACAGGUUUAUUUGAGACAUACUUGCUCAACUUAUCGUAAAUGAUGAAGGGGAAAAAACCCAAACCCCAACACAUUUUUAUUUGCAUGUAAUUGCAAUACAGGUUUGUGUGCCAGGGUUGGUUCAUUAUAACCUAGUUUUAAUCUACUGGGGUUCUGGAGACUUCCAGAUGUUUUGGAGGAUUCUGAGGCAAGCUCCUAUUUUUGGUCAUGGAGUGGUUGGCAGGUCUGGUACUCUCCCCGAUUUUUUAAAUUUACGAGUCGUGGCGCGGCUAGAUCCGGUGAGGACUGCAGAUUAUUUCGACUGGAAGGAGAAAGGACACUUUUUGGUGUGGGGGAUUUUUUAAAAUGUACUUUUAUGGUAGGCUUGUCUGAAUAAUCCGACUGCAUAAUAUGCAAGUAGACCAUAAUGCUUUAAAGGGGAUGGCCUGGUUUUUCUUGAUGGGGAAAAAAUCAGUGCUUUUUUAAGCUUGUAAAAGAUUAGGUUUAUUUUUUUAAAAUUGUGAACGGAUUCGUUCACUGUGCGUCUUUGCCACUGGGCGGGUGGCAAUAUUGUGAGUUUUCACAUAAAGGAGAGUUAGUAGCUGGGUGAGAAGGGUACCAGACUGGCGAUGAGAAAGCUUUGGCCUUGACCCUUGUUGAAUCGGAGGCAGAUGUGGAAAACUUUGGAAAGAUGUUUGGACAGAGAAGCAGCAGCCUCUCUAAGAGACAUAUCUUGUACGGUCAUCUCUUUCUACAUGACCCAAGGGAAGCCAGCGCUCCUCUCUGGUUCUAUGGGUAUUAUGAGGACUCUCCUUUUUUUUCCCUUCCUGUUUAAGUAAUAGAAAGUCAACAUGUUGAAUUGAAUUACCCAGCAUGUUUCGUGCUCAGGGCAUAGCAGUCAAGCAGUUUAAAAGUUAUAGGAUUUGAAUAUUUGUCUCAAAGUUUUUAUGUGAAACUGUUACUCUUGUCUUUUAAACUUUUCAAAGAAUGAAAAGUAUGAUUGUUUUUUCGUUUGUUUUUUUUUCCAGUUUUUUUUCUUUUUGUGUGUGUGUGUGUGUGUAUACAUUACUUUGGUUGACUGAGUGUAUAGUUUUAAUGUUUUACUCAUAUGUGGUGGAGGACACUAGUCAUGAUUCUCAAGAACUUAUUUACACUUUGCUGGAUUUACUUCUGCAACACCGUGUACAUUCUCUCUACUCUUCUGUACUUUUGCACAUUUCCCCCCUGAUGAUGAUAUAUAUUCAUAUUUUGUUUUGUUUUCCAAUCUCAUUAAGAUCUGUUAUUAUUUGUUUUGGGUUUUUUUUCCUUGUAUCUGUGACUACUACUAGUGAAUAGUUUGACAGAGCAAGCAACAUGACAUUCCUUCGGCCCCCACUCGAAAAACUUUGUUUUUUUCCUAAAGGUCACAGAUAUCCUUGUGAUUGAUACACAAUAGGACUUGGGUAUAGCUUAAUUUUAUUUGGGUCCUGAUGAGAGACGCUGGUGUUUAAGGGUGCUGUCAAGAGAACCUUACAAACAGAGCUUCCUAUGUUCUAGGCCUGUUUCAUGAAACUAUUGUAGAAUUUAAUACAGUUUUCUCUGAAAUGUAUUUGUAUUUGAAGAUUUGAAGGGACAUAUUCUUCUCCCAAGCAUCAACUUCAGUUGACCUCAGCAUGACCACUUGCUGGCACAUUCAUUCAUGUUAAACCCCCCGGUGAAGGGUAGCGGGGAAAGAAAAAAGUUGAAUGUUAUGAAUGUAGCUCUGUGCCAAUGUUAGCAACUGCUCCCAUAGCUCUGCGCUAUUGAUGAAACAAACAAUUAUGCAAGGUUCCCCCCUCCCCCCCCAUGUUUGUUUAUUUUUUCAUAGCUGCCAACCAAUAGGUAGAAAACAUUUAAUAAUGAUAUGUUAGCAAGAGUCUGAGUUAUGGAAGUCCGUUUUCAUAUCGGAAAAUAGUAUUUUGUUUUCUAAUAAUGCUUCUCAUGGACUUGCCAAUGCUAAGGAAAAAUUAUACCUUGCAAGACAAGACUUGCAAAUAAUUUUGAGAACGAAGCCAACAGAUCUGUUGAAGUUGUGUCCAUUACCAUAGUUAACUGUUGAGCAUGGAUUUAUUGACGGCAAAAAUGUGUGUGAAGGGGUUGUUUUUUUUUGGGGGGGUGGGGAAGGGUACUGGGCCAAUGCCUACCAUCUUGGUCUGCUGUAUGAUGGGCAGUGCGUAGGUUUUUUUUUUAGGUUUUGAAAAGUUGGCAGCUGUGCGUUUUCUUGACAGUGGAGUUGGGGUUAGGACAUUGAUUGGCUAUGUUCAAUGAUGCCAUCAUUUUCUGAGCUGUAAGAUCUGACAAGAGCUUGUCUGUUGUCGGCUGUGUUGACCUGAGGUUCAGCGGGGGAGAAUACUGGCUUCACACUCUCCUAAGCAUCCGUGUUGCAAUGCAAAAUUGCGCUCUAUGAAGAAAACAUUACUAGUUUAAAUACUAGCACCUAUCCCCUAGAAAUUGCUACGAGCUUUAUUGUUAUAAAAAAGGCAUUACAGAUUUUAGUCGGCGUAUCCGAGAGUUCACGUGGUAGCCAGCGGCAGCGGAAAAUGAAGGUUCUUCUUAGGAAGGGGAUAGGUUUGCCCCCUUUAUGACUCACUGGAGUUCAGGACGAUCGGACUAGGGGUUAAUGUAAACAAUUAUCCUCCAGAAAUACUUGAAAUAAGGAGUCUCUAAUCUUCUGCUAACAAAACUUCAAAUUUUUCACAAUAUCUAGAGCACUGGAGAAGAAAAUACAAAUAAAGGAAAAGGGACCAACAUCUCACUAUGCGCGUCCGUGGAUGAGCAGACGUCAUCCCUUCUCUAGGAAUGGGGGUGAGGGAUGGAAUUUUUUUUUUUUUUAAAUGUUUGGGAAGGAGGGGAGAGGACGGGGGAGGAGAAGAGGGGAAUGGAGUUAACAGGGUUGUAAUGUAGUUUGUCACACCUCUGAGGUAUUCAUGUUUGGCAGUUGAGUAAGCGUUCUCUGCUGACGCUGACCCGCAUUUAUUGUGUCCAUUUUCUCGAGUUGUCUAGAAUUAGGCAUAGGAGUAUAACAAAAUGAGACAGAUGGUGGCCAAACUUGACGGUCGGUGAAUAGUUCAUGAAUGUCUGCUUUAUCAUUCUAUUUAUUCUGUAUUGUAUGUUAGUAAGGUCACAGCCUAUCUUACAGAUGUUUUUGUUUGUUGGUUUUUUUUUCUGGGUUUUUUUUUCCUUCUUCCAAACCGUACAUGCUGUAUAACAGGAUUGUCUAUAUCCUCCAAAUGCAUUUUUUUUAAAAAACCGUUUUCUCAGGAAAAAUUUUCCAAGAUAAAAGAAAUGCAUUUUCUACCUCUGAUUUUUUUCUCUCACACAAAGCAUUUACCUUGGUCGUAAACCGUUAUCAUCAGCUCUCAUAAUUGUUAUUCGUAUUAUUGUUCGUCUUUUUCUCACUCUCUGGGCCGGGUCGUGUCGGUACCGUGACAAAUGUCGAGUGAGCGUGCGAGCGGCUCCCAAAGCUUGUCUGAUGUCAGUUGUCACUUGCCGCUCCUCCUAUGAUGCAGUUUGACGGCCUUGUUGUACCGGUCCCCAUUUCUUUUGGUGUUUUUCAUGGGGUUCUUCUUGUUCUUGUACUUGUUCUUUUUUUAAUUUUCGGCUUGUUGCAACAGGUUGCUUAUUUAUCAAUUAUUUUCCUCAAUGAUCCGUCUCCGGAUUCUUAAAAAAAAAAAAUUUUGUUUCUGUUUUUGU